UGCCCCUGCAGUGUAACAGACUUCAGUGCACAGGGUUUUUUCUCCACAGGCUGUGGAAGUACUGCUAGAGCCCAGUUUGCUUUUUACAUGUUGCACUCAUUUGGUAUUCUUUUGAUAUAGCUCAUGUUCAGAGAUCUUGAGGUCCAUAAAUGAAUCUCCCUUUUUGCUAAUGCUUAAUAUGAUUUGAAUCAGGGAUGUAACCUAGAUAUUUUGACUUAACUUUAUAGACUUGUCUAGCUUUUUUCAUGAGUAAAACAUUCUCUGGACUGGUUGUCCUACAAACUCUCCCUCCGGUGGAGUAAAGAGUCUGCAGUCUGUCACAUGGUUUUUUCUUUGUUUUAAGGUUAGCUACACUUUGAUUUCCAAGACUUGAGUCAAUUCCAAGUUUUCAAGUCAAGCUGUCUUCUCACUUGCCAUUUUUAACUUGGCAUGCUGCUGAACAAAGCUGACAUUGUUGCAAAAUAAUGUAAAAUGACACAGCAAUAUCUUAUCUUCUACCUUUAAAACCCUGAUUGCCUUAAAAGUUCACUCUUAUCUAGGACAGGAGUGACAUGGGGUCAUGGUUGGUUAUCAGUUACUUUAUUUACCAUGGAAUUAGUGCAGUUUUGAGCCUUCUUGAUCUUGAACUUGUAAACUAGUACAGAAAAUGUUAACUUUAACCAUAUUUUGCCAUUUCCCAUUUGUGUGGCAUUUAAUUUCAAGUUUCUAGUACCUUUAACGAAAUCCGAAGUGUAGUAACAAAGUAUAAAUGGUAAUUCCAAAGCUAACGACUGGCUUAGUGGCUUCUAGAGGCCUACAUCCAUAUCAAACUUUCAGCAUAUCUUGGAUUAGAUCUUGGUUUAAAGAAAGCACUGAGCUCAGGAUAACUGUUUCCCACUAGGUCACUUUAGUUUUGAAGUAUUUGGCCAAUGACCAGUACAUACUUAGUGGGAGUUCCUCUUGCCAAGAGGACUGGUGCCAAAUGAACUAUAAAUAUAAUCUUACUACCUCAUGCAUUCCAGCAGUUGUAUGGGUCCACAGUUUCAUAGUGACCAGUCUGGGAAUGAUGCAACUUGCUGUUCCUGUUCAGUAGUGACUCUGGUUUGGAGCUAGCUUUGUUCAACUAAAAGGAAAAAUUUUUCUCACAGUGAGGUUUGUCGGACAAAUACAGAGUUUCUCAUCAGUGCAGAUGUAAUAAAGGGCUGUUGUUCCUGAGUGUCUUAGAAUUUUGCCACUAAAAUUAUUUUGGUGUCUUCAGCUGUGUGAUGUUUCUUUUUUAAAACAUUCUUGAAAUACUUUUUGAUAUUUAAGAACUCUAAACCGUCGCAUUGGUGGGAGAUAUCGGCUUUUCAGCCGUGCAGUUAUGUAACUACAUCAAUGAGGUUCUUGGUAUUAGAAUGUUCAUAAGCAUCCUGUGCAGUGAUGGCAUACAGGUUGUUGUUCUUUUGCAGUCAACAAGUAAUUAAAAUCAUAUCCUAAACUCUGGUAAAGCUCCAUAUUGCAUAGUGGAUGUUCACUCCACCUUAACAGCCUACACUACAGUGGCCUUUAUCAUUUGUUUUAGCAAUGCUUUCUUGAAGAUUUAACUACUUACUCUGCCAUGAAAGUGUGUCUAAAUUUUGGUGGUGGUUUCCUUUUUGGGCCCUUCACUUCAUAUACUGUAGCAUCAGAAAAACACAGUCUUAAUCAUGGAACUGACUAAUCCUCGAUGUGGGGGGAAAACUGACAAGGAGUGUUUAAAUCAAGACUGCCGCUCUUCGUAAAAGAGAUGGUCUAGUUCAAUCACAAGCUGUGGGACUUGAUACAGGAAUUACUGGGUUAUAUUUCCCCAGUCCCCGGAGUACUUCCUACUUAUCUCCGUGACAUGGGUGUUGCCGUUGGUGUGUUUUUAAUACCAGAAAAUCAGUUCCUAAUAUCUGUGUUUUAUCCCAUUCAACAGUAUCUCCCCAAGUGCUACAUUCUGUUGACUAACCCCAUCCAUAUCCAUUGAGCUAUGAUGGAUCUUGCUGCUAAAUAUUUGUAGCACUAAGGGGGUUGCUUAUCUGAAGGCCUUAUUUAAUUCAUAUUGUUUUAUCUGAACACUAAAGUUGCUUUUGACUAGACUGUCUUUUCUGCUGUGUUUCAGGUGUUAAUGGAAUGAAGGGUUGCCCGUCCUGUAGCUACAUUGAGAAGUUUACAGAUUUUCUGCGUCUCUUUGUGAGCGUCCACCUAAGGAGGAUUGAAUCAUACUCUCAGUUCCCAGUGGUUGAAUUUUUGGCUCUCUUGUUCAAAUACACCUUUCAUCAGCCUACCCAUGAAGGUUACUUUUCUUGCUUAGACAUUUGGACGCUCUUCUUGGACUAUCUUACUAGUAAAAUUAAAAGUCGUCUAGCAGACAAAGAAGCAGUACUCAACAGGUAAGCAAUGCCAGCAACUGUUAACAAAAAAGA